AUGCAUAGUUGCGCGCCACACCUAACAUUAUGUGAUUAAUUGGAGCUGUAGUAACAAGGAUAUCACAACGGCUUUCAGCUUUGGUAAAAUGGCUCAAUCCAGCUCUGUAAGAUGAGAAAUGACAAGUGCCCAAACUGUCGAAAAGUUAUAACUACCUUCAAAGAUGAAAGGAGCAAUAGGGACAUCCAGUCAUUGAAAGUUAAAUGCACCAAUCUUAACGACGGCUGUCAGUGUGUGGGUGAGCUACAACAUGUGGACGAGCACCUCCAGACAUGUGUCUAUGUCAAGCUGCCCUGCCCUAAUGAGUGUAUAACAGUUUAUCAAAGAAUGAUUAAAGCAACGCAAUUGUUUCGUAAAGAUCUCCAAAAGCACCUUGAGGACGAGUGUCCACAUCGUCAGUACAGCUGUCCCCACUGCCAGGAGACUGGUGAGUAUGGAGAUAUCACCGGAGAGCAUAUUAAGAUCUGUCCCAAGAUAAUCAUUGAGUGUUCCAAUGCUCCUCAUUGCAAGACAACGUUUCCAAGAGAAACUAAACACACCCAUCUCUCCACCUGCCAGUAUCAAGUGGUGGCCUGCAAAUACAGUGAGUUUGGGUGCGAAAAGGUGCCAUUUCGAAAAGAUCUCCAAGAACACGAGAAUGACGACAAUGCACACCUCUGUAUUGCCAUGACAACAGUGCUGACGCUAAAGAAGCAAUGCACACUACUAAAUACACAGUUACAUUGUUCUAACAUAAAGGAUCAGCUUGGUGCUAUUUCUAUCUUCAAGAUGCCCUCUUUCAAAGAGAAAAAAGAUAACAAUAUCGAGUUUUUCAGCGACCCAUUCUAUACCCAUCCCAGAGGAUACAAAAUGCUUAUCUUCAUUGAUGUAAAUGGUUACGGGAAAUUUAAAGGCACGCAUGUCUCAGUGGGGGUUUUUCUAAUGAGGGGAGAAUACGAUGAUCAACUCAAGUUCCCAUUCAAAGGUACUAUCAAGUUUGAGCUACUCAAUCAGCUGGAGGAUAAGAACCAUCAUUGUGAAUCAUACACACAUGAUGGCACACUAGAUUGUAGCAAGAGAGUAAUCGAUGGAGAGAGGUCUAACGAAGUAAGUGGUGCACCUGCAUUCAUCUGCCCCGGAGACCUAGGACACAACGCCACCAAGAACUGUCAGUACCUCCAGGAUGACUAGUAUCUAUAAAACUUGUAAUAUAAUGUAGUAUCGUGUGUGGUAACUAGAACAAAGGCUGAGCAAAGUUAACGUACAUGUACAUCUUAAAUUGUCUAGAAAAUAUGGUGUUUUUAUUUACAGUCAACCAAUAAUUUGUGUUAGUCUAGCGCAAACAAUUUUGUUAUAGAGUACAAUGCUAACAUUGCACGUGUACUAA